CGCUGCCGCAUUUGCAUUCUCAUCGGCUGCCCGUCGCCUCACUACGUGGUCUGUAUCUUUAUUCUUACCGUAUGCGACUACUUUACUUUUCUUUUCUUUUCUUUUAUUUCUCUCUCUUUUAUUCAGAAGACUUUGGUGCUGGCGCGCGUACAUGCUAGAGCUCUAGUGCAAGAUUUCACGUUGGUUUCACAUGGACAGCUAAUACUCCAGAAACCACGGCCGAUUUAUCCCUUGCGCCUUGACCUUAGAUUCUCCGUUUGCCAUACGUCAUGGACCACAAGACAUUCGUGUCGGACUCCCUAUUACGCCUGACAAAUGCAUCAGAUCCUACUGUGGUAGACUACGUACUCGCAACCGCGAUCUCGGCAAAAUCUGCCACCGAACUACAUGACAAGCUUCUACCUUUCCUAGACGGCAGUUCCGAUGGUGUCGGAUCAUUCUGCACAGAGCUUUACCGGCGAGUUGGCACAGGCGCGACGGUUGAAUCCAGCGGGAACAGCAGUAAUGCAACGAGCAAGGAUCGUGUGAGCGCCGCACCGAAGAAAAAGUAUCGGCUACUGGACAUGGAGGAUGAUAGUUCCGAUAUACGAGGAUCGCUGGGCCCCUUGAACGUCGAGGCUGAAAGUGAUCAACGGAGACGCGACGAGAAAGGCAGAAUUAGUGACCGGGUUGGUAAGGAGGCUGGAGCUCGCAGUCGCCGGGAAGUAGACCAGACCCGGAAGCGUGACCGCAGCCGGGAGGAAAGGUUAAGAGACCGAGAACGUCCACGAACCAAAAAGCUGCGACAGCGUGUGGACGAUUUUGAUGCUCGCUGGGGUGACGAAGAGAUUCCAGAAGAGGAACUUUAUGGUGGUGAUGAGCAAGUCAGCGAUUUGGAAGAGUCACCUUCCAAGCGGAUCCAGCUGCACGAUGGAUCUGCAUCCCCACGGUCUAAUGUGUCUGCUGAUCUGGAUCCCGAGGAGAAGAAGGAGUUGGAGCGGAAACGAGACCUCGAGGAGCGGGAUGAGUUCGCCAAACGAUUGGCCAAAAAAGAUGAUAGCAAAUCGAAGAAGAUAGUGGAAGACCGGACCAGAGCGGGCGAGGCUGCCCGACGACGAGCUUUAGCUGACGACGCUUCUGCCCGGGAAGCAGUGAUGCCUGAAAUUCGGUUGCGAUCGCGACAAGAGUAUCUCAAAAAACGAGAGACGGAACGCUUGGCUUUACUGCGUCGACAAGUCGCGGAGGAGACAGCAGAGCUACGUGAUAAUCCUACCUUGACACGACGGGAAAAGGAGGAGUUUGCUCGAAACCGAGAAGUUCUGCGGAUUGCCGAGGAACGGCUCAAGAUCGACGAUUACCGGGAUGGCUACAUUAUGCCGGAGGACUACAUCACGGAAAAGGGCAAAAUUGACCGGAAGAAAAAGGAAGACGCGCUAUACAAGCGGUAUGUGGACCGUGACGAGCACGGUCAGGAGCGCUUCAUCACAGAACAUGAAGAGUGGGAGCUAGAGCAGACGGCCAAGGCCAAGGCCCAAAUCAACCGUGCAGAAUUCGUAGAUGAAGGAGACUACGAGUAUGUGUUCGACGACUCACAAAAAAUCAAUUUCAUCAUGGACGCGAAGAUGGAGGGUACACGAAAGCCCAUGACGCAAGAGCAGCGGAGGCUUCAGGAGCAGCUAGACGCCGCAGAGAAAAAAAUACAGUCAAUGGAGGAAACGCGCAAGAGCCUGCCUAUCUAUCAAUUCCGAGAUCAAAUCAUUCAGGCGGUGCACGAUCACCAGGUGCUAAUCAUCGUGGGAGAGACCGGUUCCGGUAAAACAACGCAAAUCCCCCAGUACCUCCACGAAGCUGGCUUUACCAAGGGUGGCAUGAAGGUUGGAUGCACGCAGCCUCGUAGAGUCGCCGCAAUGAGUGUGGCGUCGCGUGUGGCCGAUGAAAUGGGGGUGAAGUUGGGCAACGAGGUUGGAUACGCUAUCCGGUUCGAAGACAAUACAAGUGACAAGACCGUACUUAAGUACAUGACUGACGGGAUGCUGUUGCGAGAGCUUCUCACGGAGCCUGAUUUGGGUCAGUACUCGGCGCUGAUGAUCGACGAAGCUCACGAGCGAACUGUACCAACGGAUAUCGCCUGCGGCCUUUUGAAAGACAUCGCGAAGGCGCGGCCGGAUCUGAAGCUUUUAAUUUCCUCUGCGACGAUGGAUGCGCAAAAGUUCCAGCAGUAUUUUGAUGACGCGCCCAUAUUCAAUAUUCCGGGUCGCCGGUACCCCGUGGAUAUCCACUACACUUCCCAGCCGGAGGCCAACUACCUGGCUGCGGCUAUCACGACCGUCUUCCAAAUCCACAUUACCCAGGGCACAGGUGAUAUCCUUGUUUUCCUGACCGGCCAAGAGGAGAUUGAGGCGGCCGAACAGAGCCUUCAGGAGACUGCGCGAAAAUUAGGGAAUAAGAUCCCGGAAAUGAUCAUUUGUCCGAUCUAUGCCAACUUACCAUCUGAGCUGCAGACCAAGAUCUUCGAGCCUACACCACCCAAGGCACGGAAAGUGGUGCUGGCAACGAACAUUGCCGAGACCAGUCUUACCAUUGAUGGAAUCGUUUACGUGAUUGACCCGGGCUUUGUGAAAGAAAAUGUCUUCAAUCCACGCACGGGUAUGGAAAGCCUGGUGGUGACACCAUGCUCGCGGGCUUCUGCCAACCAAAGGGCUGGGCGCGCUGGACGUGUCGGUCCAGGCAAAUGCUUUAGAUUAUACACAAAGUGGGCUUACCAUAACGAGCUUGAAGAAAGCACGACACCGGAAAUCCAGCGGACGAACCUAAACAGCGUUAUCCUGAUGCUGAAGUCGCUCGGGAUUGACCAGUUGCUUGAAUUCGACUUCAUGGACCCGCCACCGGCGGAAACGAUCAUUCGCGCCUUGGAGCAACUGUACGCUCUGGGGGCGCUGAACGACCGCGGCGAGCUGACGAAGAUUGGUAGGCAAAUGGCCGAAUUUCCGACCGACCCUAUGCUAGCCAAAGCGAUCCUCGCCGCGGACAAGUACGGCUGUGUAGAAGAGGUCCUGUCGAUUGUGUCAAUGUUGGGUGAGGCCAGCGCCUUAUUCUUCCGACCCAAGGACAAGAAGAUUCACGCGGAUAGCGCCCGCAACCGAUUCACGAUUAAAGAUGGUGGCGACCACCUUACCCUGCUCAAUAUUUGGAACCAAUGGGUCGACUCAGACUUCAGCUACGUGUGGGCAAAGGAGAACUUCUUGCAGCAGCGCAGUUUGACGCGCGCCCGUGAUGUUCGUGAUCAGCUUGCCAAGCUCUGUGAUCGGGUCGAGGUGACGGUUAGCACCUGCGGGUCGAACAACCUGGUGCCGAUUCAGAAGGCCAUCACUGCCGGAUUCUUCCCUAAUGCGGCGCGACUCCAACGCGGUGGGGAUAGUUAUCGCACCGUGAAGAACGGACAGACAGUGUACCUGCAUCCGUCGAGCACGUUGUUUGAGGUGAACCCACGGUGGGUGAUCUACUUUGAGCUGGUCUUGACGAGCAAGGAGUAUAUGCGCAGCAACAUGCCUCUGCAAGCCGAAUGGCUGGUGGAAGUCGCUCCGCACUAUUACAAAAAGAAGGACCUGGAGACCUUAGGAUUGGAGAAGAAGAUGAAGGGACAGGGGGCCGCUGGAGAAAAGAGCCGGGACUAGAUGAGGCAAAGGACGCCAGGGCUCUUGUGUGGACUCAGAUGAUUGUGCAUGGAUGCAUGUAAUAUAUGUCAUUAUAUGUGGGUUUGUUUGAAUGAUUACCAUAUGUACAUGUCAGGUUGUGUUGUUGGAAAUGACAACUUAAAUCAUUUCUACUACGAAUAUCAGCAGACCUCGGGUCAAAGAUAGUCCG